AUGAGAGAAGAAUCUAUGACUUCAAAAGGAAACAGUUUGAAACUUUUGAAUGAAUUUGAGCUCAUUUUGGAGUCCGAUCCUCUCAUUGAUGAAUUAGGAUUUAUUCACCCAUCCCAAUUUGUGACAUUAAAUAAAGAAGCGGCCAGCUCCUUGGAACAUGAAGAUGCAAAUUUUUGGAGCAGAGAUCAUAAGCUUGCAAUUUCAACCGAUGUUCUCCUUCCUCUGUAUAAAGUGGCCAAAGAUGCAUUUUUGUAUGCAAUUAGCCAAUAUAAGAGGCAUGAGAAUCGAUUGGAUGCAUCUUGGGAUGAGAGUAAUCUUGAAAGUGAGGUCAUGAAGCAUAGCAAGGCGCUUUUAUUGUUAAGCUGUGAUUUUGGGACUGCAUGGAAUUCCAGGAAGUUAAUUGUGUCAAAGAAGCAGCAUAUGUUGAUAUUUUUGGAGGAACUUCUCUUGUCAGCCCUUGUCCUUUCAUACUCCCCCAAAAGUGAACAAGCAUGGUGCCACAGGCGGUGGGCGAUCAAGAUGAUAUCUGGAAAAUGUUCAACUUUGCAAGAUAUAGUAGGGAAAGAAUCUGAGCUUGUGGAGAAAAUAGCUGAGAGAUCAAAAAUGAAUUAUCGUGCAUGGAAUCACCGUUGCUGGUUAGUUUCAUACAUGACAAGAGAACAGGUGCUGCACGAGUUGAAAAAAUCCAGAAAUUGGGCUGGAUUACAUGUUGCUGAUAAUUCUUGCUUUCACUAUCGCACUCGGCUGAUGCUCAGGGUCAGGGAGGAGUGCUGCCAUAAACUUGAAGAUGAAACGUCUGAUGGCAAUGAUGAAAUUUAUCAAAUCUGGCAGGAGGAGCUUGAUUGGAAUGAAGCAUUGAUUAAGCGCUAUGUAGGAAGAGAGGCUUUGUGGCUUCAUCGUCGUUUCCUCUCCUUGUCUUGGAUAAGGCAUUUCACAACUAAUCUUGGUGAUACAUCUAACCACCGUGUAUGUAAAUCCAGCAUAAAUGCUGACAUUGGUAUCUUUAUGGAUAAUGAGUCACGUCUUGCAAACUCCUGCUCGAUGGUACCUGAUAAUGACUUUGAGGAUUUUCAAGCACAAGCAAUAUAUUCCGCAACUUAUAUAUUAUGGCUUGCAAAGCAAAUCUCCGAUUCGCAGGGAAUUGAACUCCUAGAAAAGCUAAAUGUUGGAAGCUUGAAGACCAUGCUGAAUAUGGCAUGUCCUGAAAGAUCGUCUCUAUGGGACAUCUUAAAUGGAUAA